AUGAUUGGUAUCUUUAAGAUCCCAGACAGUCUAUCUUUCCACGACGCUGUCGCUGCUAUGAAUCCCGGUACGACUGCCUACCAUGCUCUGGUGAAUGUGGCCCGUCUACAACCUGGAGAGAAGGUAUUGAUCCACUCCGCUGCCGGAAGUACCGGGCAGAUGGCUGUUAAGAUAGCGCAGAUGGUUGGUGCUGAGGUCUUUGCAACCGUCGGCUCUGACGAAAAGAAGGAGCUUAUCACAAACCCUGAAGGACUCAAUAUCCCAGCAUCACACGUUUUCAACAGCCGCAACACCCUAUUUGCGAAGGGUAUCAUGCGCAUCACAGGGGGUUAUGGCGUUGAUGUCGUUCUGAAUUCACUUUCGGGGGAUGCAUUGCGAGCGACCUGGGAGUGUAUCGCACCAUACGGCCGUUUCAUCGAGAUUGGAAAAGCCGACAUAAAGGCGAAUGCAUCACUGCCGAUGGCAGGUUUUGCCAAAAAUGUUAGCUUUGCAGCUGUCGAUUUACACCACAUCGCCUUGUCAAAUAGAAAACUCAUGCGCCAGCUGGUUGAACGGCUUCUAAGCCUAAUCAUUGACGGGAAACUCAGCCUCCCAUCGCCUUUGCAUGUAUAUGCAGCUUCUGAAGUUGAAAGGGCUUUUCGGUACAUGCAAAGCGGAAAGAAUACAGGGCGCAUCAUCAUCAACCUUGGCUGCGAAGACGUGGUUUUGAAACACCUCGUAAAAAAGACCACAUGGCGGUUUGAAACUGACGCAACAUACAUCGUGGCCGGUGGUCUUGGUGGCCUAGGGCGUACCAUCGUUCGAUGGAUGGUUGAAAGGGGCGCUAGAAACCUCAUUAUUCCUUCACGGUCAGGGGUCUCCUCACAAGCUGCAUCGGAGGUAGUUGCGCAGCUCACGAGUAAGGGCAUCAAUGUCGUUACUCCGCGAUGUGACGUAUCAUCAGCCAAAGAACUUGCAGCAGUCUUGCGAGACUGUGCUCAUAUGCCUCCAAUCAAAGGUUGCAUCAACUCUGCGAUGGUUCUCCAGGACGCAAUCUUUGAAAACAUGACAUAUGCACAAUGGUCUCUUACAAUCCAUUCCAAAGUUCAAUCGAGCUGGAACCUUCAUCAGCUAUUGCCGCGAAACUUAGAUUUCUUUAUUCUUCUGUCGUCGCUCGCGGGUAUAUACGGAUCUCCAGCACAGUGCAACUAUGCCGCUGGCUGUUCAUACCAAGAUGCCCUGACGAAGGCACGUACGAUUGAUGGAUUUGGUGGCGUAUCUACCACUCUCGAUCUGGGCUGGAUGUAUGAUAUUGGAAUUAUUGCUGAACACAGCCAAUAUCACCGCAACCGACAGGAGAUUCGUGAUAUGGCCGCCGUCUAUGGUGCGGACCUGCUGGCUUUGCUCGACCACUACUGCGAUCCGACCUUGUCGCGGUCUUGGAGUCCAUCCCAGAGCCAACUUCUUGUUGGCAGUUUAACACCACAGGACUACUAUUCUCGCGGUCGAGAGCCGGUUGAUUGGGCCAGGCGGCCGUUAUUCGCCGGAUUUGAUGUCAUACGUCAACACACUAGCAUCGGAUCUAAAGACACGUUGUCAAAGCAGGAGGAUGCUGCUACAUUAUUUAGAGAAGCAAGCAGCCCUAAAGAUCGUACCAUGGUUGUAGUGAAGACCUUAAAGAAGAAACUCGCACACGCGUUAGGUGUGCAAGUCGAAGAUAUCGACCCGCGUCAAAACCCGUCGGAUUAUGGUGUCGAUUCUCUUAUGGCUGUAGAGUUACGAAACUGGAUAUGGCGCGAUUUCGGUGUAAAAGUUGCUGUAUUUGAGAUAUUGGGCAGGACUGCAAUUGAGGAUUUGGCUGGGUGUGUAGCGGAAAGGGCGGGAUGA